CGCAAAUCAAAUUGAUCCUGGUUUUCAGUGACGGAAGCCACGGCUUAUUCAAGCCAAUGAGGGUGCCCAGGGAGCAAGAAGAGACUCUGGACAUAUACUAUAUGUACGAGAAGGAGCGUCAUACUUCGGAGAUAGCAGCUUUCCAUCUUAAUAGGAUCCUAGGCUUCAACACAGUUCCGCCAGUUGCUGGCAGGCUGUUCAGCAUGACCGAAGAAAUAUAUCCUCUGCUAACGGAAGAUAUCCAAGAGCAUUUCUUUUAUUCACCUGUUGACAAUGUGUGCUUCUUCGGUCAGUGUGAUUACUUCUGUGACGCUGCCAACUCGGUGUGUGGCGUGGGAGAGAUGCUCGAGGGAUCUGUGGCUGCCUUCCUUCCCGAUAGGGACCUUGCCAACUGGAAAUCCAUCGCUAAUCCCUGGAAGAGAUCUUACUCGAAAUACAAUAGAUCUGAGUGGGAGACCACGGACGACCCUGAAGGGUACUGUGAGGGGGUGCGACUUAAGCCGCCCUUUGACCAGGACAGAGCGAUACUCAAUGUCAUAGAUUCGGCCAUAUUUGAUUUUUUGAUAGGUAACAAGGAUCGUCAUCACUACUACACUUUUGUCUCAUAUGGUAACAAUUCCUACUACUUGCUUUUUGAUAACGGCAAAGGAUUUGGUCGGCCGCACGAUGACAUCAUCGACAUCCUGGCACCUCUCUACCAAUGCUGCCUCAUUCGAUUCACAACCUUCCGAACACUGGUUCAAAUGCACACGGAUCCCGAACGAAGACUCAGCCAUCUAAUGAGGGAGUCUCUAUCACACGAUGCCCUUCCGGAAAUACUGACCCCGGCCCAUCUCAGAGCCCUGGAUCGAAGGGUCAGAAUAGUUCUAGAACAGGUGCUGAAAUGUUUGAAAACCAGAGGAAGGCACCAAUCGAUAAUUAUAGACGACGGUUACUACUACGAAAGGGGUUGACCUUUCAACCUUGACCCCUGACCGUCCUCAAACUUUAACGAGGCCACCGAGAGGUCAUCUCUAAUCUAGGUCAUUAUACACGAAUCAUAAUUGUGCAAAUAAUGUUGUGUUAAAUGUUUAAAAAGCUUUCAAUUUAGAAUCAGGAAUAUCGCUAUUUUAUUCGACGGCUCUGACAACAUUGGGUUUAAUUUAUUUAAUAAUUCAAUCAAUUGAUUAUUUAAUUUAUUCAUUUGUUUUUUUUUCAAUAAAAAUAUAAUUAGUAUGA